GAUGCGAUGUAUCCUUUUUCAGUGGAGUGAAUGGCCAAUGGGAGUUGGCUUGUCGAGCAAACACUGAGUCCUGCGCUUCCAUUCAUUCAGUGCUGAACAGGCCCGCAGAGCAGCAGAGCGCGCACCGCCGUCUGAGACCCGACGACGCGUUUCUUUUUUUUUAACGCACAAGAAGCGCCUGGUUCCCCGCAACAAUAAGUCACAGCCUCGGUCAGAUCGCCUCCCUGCAGACGCACGAGGAGGAGAAACUCUUGGAUUUAACCCGAAUCCUCUUUGGUUUGAAUUCUCCGACACGGUUUUGAUUUCCCCAACAACGGGACUUGCAGAACUGGGGCUGUCUCGCUGAAAGAUCGGCCUCCCCCCAAGUGCGCAGCAGUUCCCCGGGUGCCUGUCCUCCCUCCGCCGUGGAUUUACUGUGUUUUUACCCUGGAACCAAUGCAUGCGUAACCCGCGCUGAACUUUUCUUCAACGUAACCAAGAAGAGGGAAUAACGCAAAGGGAUACAGUCGCUCUUGGAUUAACAGGACUGUGAAUGUUAUGCAUUAGACCUCACACUUUACGCGUGGACAUUGCCCCUUCCCUCUGGAUGGAGUUCUAGGCUUGUUUUGGUUGAUGGAUUCGACGUUAUGGACGGUUGCAUAUAGGUUUUCCGAUGCAUGCCAAGUCUACGGUGAAUGUCGGAAGUGGUGAUCCCCCCAGAUGGAGCUCCAAAGUCAACAUGGCCCCGGCGGUUCAUUAGUGGUGAUCCAGCAGCCUUCCCUAGAGAGCCGGCAGAGGUCGGAUUACGAGCGGGAGCUCCAGCAUGCCGCCAUUCUCUCCCUGGACCAAAUCAAGGCCAUCCGCUCCAACAACGAGUACACCGAGGGGCCCUCGGUGGUACGGAGGCCCCCUGCGCCCCGCAUGCCCCCCAGGCCUCAGGACAAGCAGGAGAGAACUCACGAGGUCAUCCUCGUUAAUGUGAACAACAAUUAUGAGCACCGGCCAUCAGGUCACCACCAUCACGUCGGGGGCGGCGUGGUGGUUGUGGCUGGGGGACAGCAGUACGGUGGGUCCCGGGCCCCAGGACUCAGCCGCUCCACUAGCACAGGAAGUGCUGCCAGUUCAGGGAGCAACAGCAGCGCCUCCUCUGAGCAGGGACUCUUGGCACGCUCACCCCCCACCAGGUCCAGCAUGAGCUUACAGCACCACCACCGAGCGGAGCGGCCUGUUAGGACUCAGCCCAAGGCCCCUUUACAGCCCCAGCAGGGACCUCACUUCCACCAGCCUCCACUAGAGGCUCCACUCAAGCCCCAGGGCAAAGGGAAAUCUGACUUUACUGGCAGUGGCAACGGGGUGGUGGCUGCUGCCGGGCACCAAUUCAUCUGUGAGUGCUGUGGGAAGUGCAAGUGCAGUGACUGCACGGCUCCCCGGAGCCUGCCCUCGUGCCUGGCGUGUAACGGCCAAUGCCUCUGCUCGGCCGAGAGCGCGCUGGAGCACGGCACGUGCAUGUGCCUGGUUAAGGGCAUCUUCUACCACUGCUCCAAUGACGAUGAGGGGGACUCGUGUGCUGACCACCCCUGCUCGCUGUCCCGCUCCCACUGCUGCUCUCGUUUCCUGUGCAUGGGAUUAAUGUCGGUACUCUUCCCCUGUCUGCUAUGCUACCUGCCUGUCAAGGGGUGUCUGAAGGCGUGCCAGGGCUGCCACGACCGGGUGAACAGGCCCGGCUGUCGCUGCAAGAACUCCAACACUGUGUAUUGCAAACUGGAGAGCUGGGACCGACAGACCCAGGAGAAACCCUCCUGAUCGCCCCUGUGUGUUUGUGAUUGCGUGUGUGCGCGGGAGACUUGAAGUGGAUCUAAUGAUGACAAUGAUAAUGAUGAUGAUAGUCACAAAUUAAUGUUUAUCAAACAUUCUUAGCACCUCCCCCCUCCUCGCUGCAGAACCGUAAGGAGCUGAGCAACGGAGUAACGAAAACCACUCAAUUAUUUUUAUUUUUCUGGAUCAGGACCAUGUUUUUACAGACCAGUGUUUGCCUUAACUGUUUCUAUGUCUAUCCUCAGCUCCUCAUUAACACUACUCUUUAUUUUUAUAUAUAUGAAAAAGGUUUUCUUCCGUUUUAGGUCGGUGGUUUCCUCUGGGUCUGUGUGGCCCGGUGGGAAACUGCCUCUCACCAAAUCUGUGAAGGACGAUCUUCUGUAGGGCAAAUAUGUAGCUGUUACCUGGUAUUCAUAGCGAGCAGGUAUGUUUGAGUUAUUGGUUGCUACCACACACACAAAAAAAAAACUGUGGUUCCUCUGCUCACGUUGCGUUAACGCAAGCACAUCCAUCUCAAAGUAUUUCCUCCCACUUGGAUAUGUUUCUCUCCUUCCACCCGUCGGAAACUCUUCAUACACAUUCUGUGGCAUUCUCCCAUGUUUUUAUUUUUGUUUCUUUAUUUUUGUGUAAAUUGUAUUGCUCAAAAUCCAUAAGAGGAAUUCUGGCUAUUUUUUUGAAAAAGAAAAAUGUCUGUU